AAGUUGUGGAUGUGUUUACACUGACAGCUGCUGCUGAAGGUCACACUGAAGUUCAGUCUUCAGAGCUGAGGACAUCAUGAAGUCUCUGCUUUCUCUGGCUCUGCUGCUGCUGUUCACCGCGAGCUGCUCGGCUCAGAAGCCGCAUCGAUGCCGCACUCCGCCGCUGCUGUCCGGCAGUCUGAGCGUGAGCGCUCGAGAAGGUCAGGACUGGGCGAUAGCCAAAUAUCGCUACGAUGCCAUUGGUCAGCGCAUCCGUGUUUGGGAAUUUGGACACGUUGACGACAGAUCAUUUCAUCUGAAUAUGCUGUUCCUGUUUCGAGAGGGUGUGGUGUACACCAUCAGCUACAGAAACAGGACCUGUCAGAAGAAUCAUCUCCACACCGCCUUCCACCCGUCUCACAUCCCUCACAACGCAUCGCUGCUGUCGCAGGUGGUUCUGGGAGGAUCGUCAGGGCCGGGCGAAGGUCUGCUGGUCAACACCUGGACGGGAGACGUGCCUGAGACCGGAGGUAAAUAUGUGGCCACCGUCACAGAGUUCGGCUGUAUCCCGGUAUCAACGCUUUACUACACAGAAGAGCGCGGUUGGAUGGUCACCACCUAUUUUAAUGGAGUGAGGGGGGUGGAGGAUCCAGGGGAGUUCAUUCCUCCGCCGUUCUGUGAUGACGUCCAGACAGAAGAAGAGAUGCUCGACUUCUACAGCGCUCUCUCCGAGGAGACCAUGUUUAACAUGCUGUAAUACUGGGAUUGCAUUUUAAUGAUCUUAACAUGUCCAGAGGCUUUUGUUACUGUAAACACCUUGUUUGCCUUUUUCUUUUUAAAUACUGAUGCUGCUCUUUAUGAUUUAAUCCCUUAAUGCAUCUAUAGUUCAUGUCAAUCAAAAGCACUUUAAUCAUUUAAAAAAAGGGAAAAUAAAUUGUUUUUCUUUAUGUA